AUGACCAACUCCGUCGCUUUGUCACCGGCGUUCUCUCCUGCCGUCCUCCCUCCGUCCGCCACUUCUGCUUAUAAAUCCCCCAUCAUCUCACAGAGUCUCUCGCUUUUCUCCUCUCAAUCUCGAAUCAAACGCCCUCGCUCAAUAAAAACGAUUCGUUGCAACACAGCUGUAAAAUCCGCUGACUUGUCGUCUGAGGAGGAGAUGGAAGCGGACGCGAAGGCGAAGGUAGGGUGUAGGGUUAAGGUAACGGCGCCGUUGAAGGUUUAUCAUGUGAACCAUGUUCCGGAAGUUGAUUUGGAAGGUUGA